CCUCAAUCCCAAUAUUCCUCGCCCCAUUCCCUCUCCCUUUUCACUUUUACUAAAACAUUACAAAAAAACAAAACACUUCUCUCUUUGAACUCUCCAUCUUCUCAUCUUCUAGACCUUUCACUCAGCACUCUAAAACACUUUCUUUCUUCACUAUACACAUCAAGAAAGAAAAACGAGGGAGAGUAAGGAGAGGAAGAGACUUGUUCAUUUUCAAGGAGAGAGAUAAAUCCUUCUUAUUACAUACUUAACGCUCUGCUUUCAAGAACUCAAAGCUGUCUUGUUCCUGUUCCUGUUCCUGUUCUUGUUUGUUUUGAAACAUGAACCUUAAGCUCCUCCUAGUUUUCGGCCUUUAAGCCAACAUCUCUAAUCCGAUCUACGCCAGGGUUUCGACAAACGGUAAUUCUUUCGUUCAGUAACCACCACAUAAGGGAUGAUGGCUGUAAGCUCGACGUGUAAGGAUGGGAGUACUAAGAUAACAAUGGACAAUGGAAAGUACGUAAGGUACACACCAGAACAAGUGGAAGCACUAGAAAGGCUUUACCAUGAAUGUCCUAAGCCAAGCUCUAUGCGUCGCCAACAGUUGAUUAGGGAAUGCCCUAUUCUAUCUCACAUCGAGCCUAAACAAAUCAAAGUUUGGUUCCAAAAUCGAAGAUGUAGAGAGAAGCAGAGAAAAGAGGCAUCGCGGCUUCAAGCUGUGAAUAGGAAAUUAACAGCAAUGAAUAAGCUGUUAAUGGAGGAGAAUGAUAGGCUGCAAAAGCAGGUGUCACAGCUGGUAUAUGAGAAUAGUUACUUCCGCCAACAGACACAAAAUGCUACAAACCUUGCCACCACAGACACAAGUUGUGAAUCAGUGGUGACCAGUGGUCAGCACCAUUUGACUCCGCAGCAUCCACCAAGGGAUGCCAGCCCUGCAGGACUUUUGUCCAUUGCAGAGGAGACUUUAGCACAGUUUCUUUCGAAGGCCACUGGAACUGCUGUGGAGUGGGUCCAAAUGCCUGGGAUGAAGCCUGGUCCGGAUUCCAUUGGAAUCGUUGCUAUUUCUCAUGGAUGCACUGGUGUGGCAGCACGUGCAUGUGGCCUUGUGGGUCUAGAACCUACGAGAGUUGCCGAAAUCCUUAAAGAUCGGCCAUCAUGGUUUCGUGAUUGCCGAGCUGUGGAUGUUGUCAAUGCAUUGUCCACCGGAAGCGGUGGAACUAUUGAAUUGCUUUAUAUGCAGCUCUAUGCGCCUACAACUUUGGCACCAGCUCGUGACUUCUGGUUACUGCGCUACACAUCUGUUUUGGAGGAUGGUAGUCUUGUGGUCUGUGAGAGAUCUCUUAACAACACCCAAAAUGGUCCAAGCAUGCCACCUACACAGCAUUUUGUGAGAGCAGAAAUGCUGCCUAGCGGGUAUCUUAUUAGACCUUGUGAAGGAGGUGGAUCAAUUAUUCAUGUAGUUGAUCAUAUGGAUUUAGAGCCUUGGAGUGUACCUGAAGUGUUGCGCCCGCUUUACGAGUCAUCAACGUUGCUUGCUCAGAAGACAACAAUGGCGGCUUUACGCCAUUUGAGGCAGGUUUCUCAAGAAGUUUCUCAGCCAAACGUCACUGGUUGGGGAAGAAGACCUGCAGCUUUGCGUGCAUUAAGUCAGAGACUGAGCAAGGGCUUCAAUGAAGCUGUUAAUGGAUUUGCUGAUGAGGGAUGGUCUAUGUUGGAAAGUGAUGGCAUUGAUGAUGUAACAGUUCUUGUAAACUCAUCUCCUGCCAAAAUGAUGGGUGUAAAUUUUUCUUAUGCCAAUGGAUUUCCAUCUAUGAGUAAUGCAGUGCUUUGUGCGAAAGCAUCCAUGUUGUUACAGAAUGUACCUCCAGCAAUACUUCUCAGAUUCUUGCGUGAACAUCGAUCAGAAUGGGCAGACAGUGGUAUUGAUGCUUAUGCAGCUGCUGCUGUUAAAGCUGGUCCUUGUAGCUUGCCAAUGUCUCGAGCUGGAAAUUUUGGGGGUCAAGUUAUCCUCCCUUUGGCUCACACAAUUGAGCAUGAAGAGUUUAUGGAGGUCAUUAAGCUUGAAAAUAUGGGCUAUCGGGAGGACAUGCUCAUGCCCGGUGAUGUUUUCCUGUUACAACUCUGUAGUGGAGUAGACGAGAAUGCUGUUGGCACCUGUGCUGAACUCAUCUUUGCCCCAAUUGAUGCCUCUUUUUCUGAUGAUGCUCCUAUUAUUCCUUCUGGUUUCCGUAUCAUUCCUCUUGAUUCUGGGAUGGAUGCCUCCAGUCCAAACCGCACACUUGACCUUGCAUCUGCUCUUGAGGUUGGGCCUGCUGGAAAUAGAGCAUCAGGUGAUCUUUCAGGCCGUAGUGGGUGCACAAAGUCAGUGAUGACAAUAGCAUUCCAAUUUGCAUUUGAGAUGCACCUUCAAGAAAAUGUGGCAUCCAUGGCUCGGCAGUAUGUUCGUAGUAUUAUAGCUUCUGUUCAGCGGGUAGCAUUAGCACUCUCCCCUUCUCAUUUUGGUUCUCAUGCUGGUUUUCGGCCACCACCCGGUACUCCUGAAGCGCACACACUAGCUCGUUGGAUCUGUGAAAGCUACAGGUGCUAUCUAGGUGUGGAACUGCUCAAAAAUGAAGGAAGUGAAUCUAUUCUUAAAACACUCUGGCAUCACUCAGAUGCACUUAUGUGCUGCUCUUUGAAGACUCUGCCGGUUUUUACAUUUGCAAAUCAAGCAGGACUUGACAUGCUUGAGACAACUUUGGUUGCACUUCAAGACAUCACUUUGGAAAAGAUAUUUGAUGAUAAUGGAAGGAAAACAUUGUACUCAGAGUUCCCACAAAUAAUGCAGCAGGGUUUUAUGUGCCUUCAAGGUGGUAUCUGCCUGUCAAGUAUGGGAAGGCCCGUCUCCUAUGAAAGAGCUGUGGCAUGGAAGGUAUUGAAUGAAGAAGAGAGCGCUCACUGCAUUUGCUUCAUGUUCAUCAACUGGUCUUUUGUGUGACACUUUGGCCAGAACAUAACUCCAGAAACAAAAGAAAUUAGACCACUCCUUACACUGUCUUUCUAAAAUUGGUUCAGAUGCUUUGCGGUGCCUUGAUACUGUAAUGAUCACGAUGCAACAAUGGCAUUUGGGGCCCCGUUUUUAGCUGCCCUUAUCUUUGUAUGGCCCCAUUUUUCUGUUGCAAUUCUCUUUGUACUCUGCUUUAUACUUUAUUUAUGAAUGUCUAAGCUUAUCUCUCCCUCCAAA